CGAUCCAGCAGCAUUGCAAUCGGACAUUAUAGCUCACUGUCCCGAUCGCACAACAUGUUGGCGAUCAACCCUGGCUUCCGUCCGAAGGUAUCCCUUACGCAAGCAGACCAACUCCGCGUCGUAUGCAAGAGAAGCAUGCAGGAACUGCUGCACAUGGCGGCGGCCUGCAACCCUCCCGACAACCGCCGCGCGCUCCACUACACAACCAUGCCGCCCAAGUCAACCAACGAGGACGUGAUGACGUUGUGCGUGUCUGCGACCCUGCACGCGAGUCUCGACGACAUCCAGGACAUCAUGCUGUCGCGCAUCUCGCGCACGAAGGACAGCCACGAGUUCGCCAAAGCGACGGAAACCCACGUGCGCGGAUCCCAACUGCUCAUGAAGAUCAACGACAAUCUGACGUUGAACUGGGCCAUGAUCGAGAGCAUGAGUGCCGUGAUGCGUGACCGCGACUUCGUGUACGUGCAGAGCCGCGAGCUCCGCACCGUGAAUGACCGGCCGACGUGGAUCUCGUGUACGCACUCGGUGACGCUUGACGGCGCGCCGCCGCUCGACACGUCCGUGUACGACAUCGUCCGCGGCGGCAUUUACGCAUCGGGGUACGUGUUCACAGAGCUGCCGGACCGGGGUGGUGUGCAUGCUACCUACGUGCUGCAAGUGGCCUUCAAGGGUCGGUCACGGCCGUUCAUGGCGCACAGUACAUUGAAAAACUGGGGCAACGCGCUAGGUCGCAUGCAGUCGUUCUUUGAGAGUCGCCAACUGGGCCGCAUUUCCGACUUCAUCUUGAGCGACCUGCAAGUGAAAAACUACCGCCUCGGCAUGGAAUGCCAUGUAUGUGGGGCCGAUUCAUUCGGGUUCCUCGGGGGUAGAACCCCAGACAACUGCCGCAUGUGCGGGGAAAUCGUGUGUGCCCGAUGCGUCGAGAAGAAGGCGGUGCCGCUAAAGCACGGACCGGUGAUGCUGAGUCUGUGUCGGACAUGUCUGGGCACGCCCUUAGCGCCCGAGUGUUUCUCUCCCACCCUUCGACCCGUCUCGACCAUGAUGGCAGCAACAGCAUCGCCUUCUUUGUCGAGGUCCAUGGAUGGAUUCCAAGAUGUGCGUCCUGGACGCGAACGGCUUCAAGGACCGACAGAAACCAUCUUGCUGCCGGGCCAUCUCAAGCGGCACGAGAGUGUGACGAGGUUAUCACAGCGACGACGGCGGUCCAUGAUCUCAAUGGUAGACCUGCCGCCGCCCCACAUCACAAAGGACAUCCCCGACGACCUCGAUGUCCUGAAUAAGUUGUUUUGACAAUCGGUAUACAGUAUGUACUGUACAGUGCACCGACCAAUACGAAUUAUAAACUAGCGACCAACACUCAUCGUCCCGCCUAGAAACAAAAAUGGAGAAGCAUGUUUUAGCUACCGUAGCUUGCUAUAUUACUAUUAAGUAUCUGUAUAAUCUUAGUAGAUAGACACUGG